UCGUAAAACAACAGCUUUUAACUACCUCGAAUACUAAAGCAUAAAUAACUUUCUUUUCUGUGUAAGAAAUAUCCCAAACCAGCAUAACAAGCAACCUGUUAAAAUAAAGCUAAUUAAUCCAUUGCUGCUGAUUAUUAUAUAUACUGACACUCAUCUGCAUGAUCAUAUAUUAUAUAUAUUUCAGCCUCGAAAAUCUUUGAUUAAUUUAAUUUAAUUUAAUUUUAUAAUGGAUGUACACGAGGCUCACAGAGUCAGAUAUGGAAGGUCAGCGUUACGUGUGACUAUCUUGGCACACGUUUUCGGUACAUUAGCAAUCAUUCUUCUGCUCGUUUGGCUACUGCAUUUCCGUGAAGGACUCGAUCUCGAUUCUGAUGACCCCAAUCGUAUUUUCAAUGUUCACCCGUUUCUCAUGUUCUUCGGAUUUAUAUUUUUGGCGGGAGAAGCAAUGAUGGCGUACAAGACCGUUGGAGCAGAGAGGAAAGUGCAGAAAUACAUUCACAUGUUCGUUCAUUUAGUGGCGAUCGUACUCGGUAUCGUUGGAUUGCAUGCCGCUUUUAAGUUCCAUGAGAAACGGGGCAUAUCAAAUUUGUAUAGCUUGCAUUCUUGGAUUGGUAUUGGCACAUUCUCCUUGUUCUGCCUCCAGUGGUUGUUGGGAAUGAGUGUGUUUUUAUUUCCGGGGGCUCCGAUGGAAACGCGGGCCCGGGCAGCCGCGUGGCACGUGAGCGGGGGAAGAGCUCUGAUGUUCAUGGCAAUAUGCACGGCCUUAACGGGGCUGAUGGAGAAAGUUGGUUUCUUGGGGCAGCUGCGUCACAGUGAGGCGCGUGUUAUCAACUUUCUCGGAUUGUCGAUUCUUCUUUUCGGAAUCUCCGUUGAUCUCUCUGUUUCUCUUGCACGCUACAUAUGAUUCUUUGUUGGAUAUGCUGAUGUGGCGCAGUGUAAUAAUUUGUUUGUAGGAACUUGUAAUGUGUGUGUGAUGUUUAUAUACCUCAACUAUUGUUGUCAAAUAAAUGUUAUUGGGAACGGAAAUCUCGAAUUCUUUCGAUUUUUCCGAUUAUUUUUAACGGAA